CCAAAGUGCGGCCUGAGUUUGAUCCAAUAAACAUUUAUUGGGUGCUGACGAUGCGCCAUUCUGCUGGGACAUGGGAAUGGCUGAGACCUGGAACCCACGAUGUGUGUACCCACGAUGGGAUCCGAACUCCUGUCCCAGGCUGCACUCUUCCCUCUCACAGAACUGGAGGCCCCCUGUGUCGUCUCCUGGGUUGGACGGAGAAGUUUGGGAACUGCCCCAUCUCCAGCUGCUUCUGUACAGAGAAGAAAGCUCCCACACCUCCUGUAAGAACUUCGGGUGCUCACCUACGGCAGCAUUCCCUCCAGGGAGCUAUGAACAACCUGAAACCUCAACCAGCGACAUGCAGACUACUGCGCGCACCUAGAGCCGGAGGCAGCCGCGGGAGCUCAGGAACGCCGUCCUCCGCCCCCGCCCUGGCCAAGCCUGGGCUCCGCGAAGCCUCCUCCUUGCCAGCCUGCACCCUCUGGCAGGGGUCCCUGGCAGCACAGCCUCCCGGCUCAGCGGCUUGGCAGAGAGGGACCUGGACGCAGGCCCUGCUCGGUGACUCUGCGUUUCCAGGCGCUGCGGUGGGGAUGCUGAUGUUUGCUGGCCUGUCCCGGGCUCGCUGCAGGGCACAGAGGUGCACAGCGCGCAGGACAGUGAAGGACAGGGCGCCCCUCAGAGGUGGGGCUGAGAGCGGCGGAGGGAAGGAAGGGCGAACGUAACCAAAGGACGCGGUGUGCAUGCAGCCGGACGCCCAGACCGGCGCCCGGUGCUGAAUUACG